GUGCUCGGAUUGGCUGGGCGGUGCGAGGCGGCCGGGGACCGUUGGAGUAGGGAGGCUGAGACGUUUGGCCACCCGUGCCCGCAGAGCCGGCGGCGUGGCGGCGAGCGGCGAACCGAGACUGGGCAGUCCCGGGACCCCCACCCCGAUCGCCGCCCCCGGGAGAGAUUGUCUUUAAAUGUUUGAAGAAGGAACUGAGCCCAGGAAAGUGGAAGUUGCCCUGAGAGACUUCUCAGUGUAAUCCAGAAUGAUUGAGGAGAGUGGGAAGAGGAGGAGGACAAUGGCAGAGAAGAGACAGCUGUUCAUGGAAAUGAGAGCACAGAAUUUUGAUGUCAUCAGACUUUCAACGUAUCGAACAGCCUGUAAACUGCGGUUUGUACAAAAGAGAUGUAAUCUUCAUCUUGUUGAUAUCUGGAAUAUGAUUGAAGCCUUCCGAGAUAAUGGCCUUAACACUUUGGAUCAUAACACAGAGAUCAACGUGUCUCGACUAGAAACAAUUAUUUCAUCCAUCUACUACCAGCUAAACAAACGUCUUCCUUCUACUCACCAAAUCAGUGUAGAGCAAUCCAUCAGCCUCCUCCUCAACUUCAUGAUAGCAGCAUAUGACAGUGAGGGCCAUGGGAAGCUGACAGUAUUUUCGGUGAAAGCAAUGUUAGCAACCAUGUGUGGUGGUAAAAUACUGGACAAACUCAGAUAUAUUUUCUCUCAAAUAUCAGAUUCAAAUGGACUAAUGAUAUUUACAAAGUUUGAUCAGUUUUUGAAAGAAGUUCUAAAACUUCCAACCGCUGUCUUUGAGGGGCCUUCUUUUGGAUACACAGAGCAUUCUGUUCGGACCUGUUUCCCACAACAAAAAAAGAUCAUGAUAAACAUGUUUUUAGACACAUUGAUGGCUGAUCCACCUCCUCAGUGCCUUGUGUGGCUGCCUCUCAUGCACAGACUUGCCCAUGUUGAAAAUGUCUUCCAUCCCGUGGAAUGUUCAUACUGCCGAUGUGAGAGCAUGAUGGGCUUCCGGUACCGAUGCCAGCAGUGCCACAACUACCAACUCUGUCAAAACUGUUUUUGGCGUGGGCAUGCAAAUGGUACUCAUAGCAACCAGCAUCAGAUGAAGGAGCAUUCAUCUUGGAAAUCACCUGCAAAGAAGCUGAGCCAUGCAAUUAGUAAAUCACUUGGUUGCGUACCAAGUAGAGAACCACCUCGUCCUGUAUUUCCUGAGCAGCCAGAAAAGCCACUUGAUCUUGCACAUAUAGUUCCUCCUCGGCCUCUGACUAACAUGAAUGACACCAUGGUGACCCACAUGUCCUCUGGAGCACCUACACCAACAAAAAGGUUACAGUGCAACCUGGAUGCUGCCAGCCAGUUAGCGGACGAGCAUGCACUGAUAGCCACCUAUGUGACCCGGCUGCAGAGCAGUGCACGUGUCCUGGACAGCCCCGGCAGGCUGGACGAGGAGCACAGGCUGAUCGCCAGAUAUGCCGCCCGGCUGGCUGCUGAAGCUGGAAAUGCACCUCGCCCUCCAGCAGACCUGGGGUUCAGCUUUGAUGCAAAUAAACAGCAAAGACAGCUGAUAGCAGAGCUGGAAAACAAAAACAGAGAGAUACUCCAAGAAAUUCAGCGUCUCAGGCUGGAACAUGAACAAGCCUCUCAACCCACCCCUGAAAAAGCUCAGCAGAAUCCAACAUUAUUGGCUGAACUCAGGCUUCUACGACAGAGAAAGGAUGAACUGGAACAGAGAAUGUCUGCUCUUCAAGAAAGCAGAAGAGAACUGAUGGUGCAGCUUGAAGGGCUGAUGAAACUGCUCAAAGAAGAAGAGCAAAAGCAGGCAGCGCAAGCAGCAGGCUCGGCACAGUCCUCACCCACCCAUGGAGCCAGCCGCCCCAUGCCCAUGCCCGUCAGAUCCACCUCCGCCGGCUCUACCCCAACUCACGUCCCACAGGACUCACUCACUGGAGUCGGGGGAGAUGUGCAGGAAGCUUUCACACAAGGUACGAGGAGGAACCUCCGCAACGACCUGCUGGUAGCAGCCGAUUCCAUCACCAACACCAUGUCAUCUCUGGUGAAAGAACUUCAUUCAGCAGAGGAAGAAGAUGAAGAAGAAAGAGAAAAAAUGCAGAAUGGAAAGGACCGAGGUUAGGUGGAUGACCACAGGGUGUACAGUAAUUCAGGCAUGGAGGGUCACGCUUACAGUCGAGAGACGUCUCCCCAUCCUUUGGAAGUGGCACGUUUCAGCUGAUACAUUUACCAUCGUGCAACUGUGACCGAUCUCAACCACCUGCUGACAAAAGCGGCUUUCUCCAAACCACCCAGAGGGCUUUCCCCGUGGGCACUUGCCUCUUAGGUCAUUGCAUGUACUGUUUUCCUCCAUGUGUUUAUUAACGAUAAUCAAACUCAGCAAUUUAUGGGAGGUUUAAAGAAAAAGAACAAGACAAAAGGAAAGCCAAUA